UGAUGCUGCUGAUGUAAAUUAUAAUUUUGAUGAUAAAGAAAAUAGCUAUAUGAUGCAGUGUUAUCCAGAUCAGUAUUUGUCAAGACCAGAUAUUAAAAAGCUUGCUGAAUACUUUGAUGAGUCAAAAAAUAUUGGAACGAUUAAAUUGAAUCCAAACUCAUAUUGUGGAGAGAAUGGAAUAGCAAAUAAUUCAUCUCAUGUUUUGUUGUACAACAAAGUUACUAACAAGGUAUUUGGAUAUAUUGAUGAAAAUAAAAUUAACUCACUUGUUAAUUAUGUCGAUUCUAAUAGACGUAUUAGUAUUAAAAAAUUAAAUUCAAUUUGGCAUAGUGUUGGUAACUGUCUUUGUCUAAAUAAUGAUACUAAAAAUUAUUAUAAUCCAGAAGACAAAGUUAACAAUUCAAAUGGAUAUAUUUCCAACAAAUGA